AUGCUGUACAGAACCGCUGCUACCCGCUCCGUGCUCCGGGCGAUCUCCAGCUCCAACGCCUCGGUGGCCCGCUCGACCCUCGCCAACAAUGUGUUCAAGGCUCCCUUGACCUCGUCCGCUCGCUAUCCCGCCCGCCCGACCACCUCUCCCAGCUUGGCUCUGGCUGCUCGCAAGCCCGUCACCACCGCGCUUGUCCGCCAUGCCUCCACUACCCCCAAGGACGGCAAGGUCGCCGAGGAGGACACUGACAUGAUGGCCGGCAUCAAGACCGAGGCUAAAGUGAUCAAGGACACCUUCAGCCUGCAGGAAGUCCCCAAGGAGGCUCUCUACCUCGGUAUGGCCGGUGUCAUCCCCUACCUUGCGACCUCCCUCGAGACGGUGUACCUGGCCUACGAGACCAACCGCGCCGCCGCUCUCGGUGAUGGCCUGAUCUUCUCCGGCCAGAGCGCCGAGCUGAUGCUCCACAUGCUCGAGCCCAUCCAGGUCGGCUACGGUGCUGUCAUCCUGUCCUUCCUUGGCGCCAUCCACUGGGGUCUCGAAUGGGCCGGCUACGGCGGCAAGUACGGCUACAAGCGCUACGCGGCCGGUGUGAUUGCCCCCGCGGUGGCCUGGCCGACUCUGCUCCUCCCCGUGGAGUACGCGCUGAUCAGCCAGUUCCUCGCGUUCACCUUCCUGUACUACAAUGACGCCCGGGCGGCCGCCCACGGCCGGGCCCCCCACUGGUACGGCAUGUACCGGUUUGUGCUGACCUUUGUGGUGGGCGCCAGCAUCGUGGCCAGCCUGGUCGGCCGCGAGCAGAUCGCCACCAAGAGCACCGAGCACAGCAUCACGGACAAGAUCAACGCGCUCCUCUUCCUGAAGAAGAAGGAGAAGGAGGAGGCCGAGGCCGCCCGCAAGGCCGAGGCUGAGGAGUCUGAGUAA